CGUUGACAAUGUGCGUACGGAUUACCUCAUGCAGAUCAUAAGCAAGCAAAAUAAGGUAUGUCUGUAUCCACCUUGCUUGGUAUGACAGUAACGCAAUGAGUUUCAUUUCAGUUAAUCUAGGUCAAUCUUGUGCAAUACAAAUCAGCUUUGAAGCAUAUUGAUAUUUUAAAAAGUCUGGAUAUUUUUCAUGAACUUUUUGUCCUGAAUUUAUCAAAGAUCCAACUUCAAAUUUUGUAUUAUAAUUGUUCAGAAUAUGUUGCUUUUCUCUUUUAAAUUUAGCUUCUCCUGCAUUUUUCUUCUAAAUCUGUUUAAUUAUUUUUCUAAUUUUGCUGUAUGACUUUUCUAACAAACUGUUUUUAUUUUGUUAAUUUUAUUAGUUUCUACGUCCCCUGCAUUAGUUUCUACGUCCCCUGCAUUAGUUUUCAAAAUUAAGCUUUCAAAUGUAUACAUGUGUGCAUCACAUCCUUUUAUCACAAGGCCAUAACGUAGGAUACGUUUUUUGGGGGUUUUUUUUCCAUUUAGUUUUGUGAAGCUUGUUUUAUACUUUGAACAUUAGGCUGUGUUGCUGAUUGGUGAGCAAGGCACAGCCAAAACUGUCAUGAUACAGGCCAUACUGGCCAAAUACAACGCCGAUGAAAAGAUCAGCAAAAGUUUCAACUUCUCCUCAGCCACAACCCCAGGGAUGUUCCAGGUGACCAUGUAGACAUCUUGGCCUUGCAGUAAUAAAGGACCUUUUCAUUUGCCUGGUUAUAUUGUAAACAUCCAUUAUUUCAGUAUCUGUUGCAAAUAGUUGUUGAGGCCAUUAAAGGGCAGUGACAUUAUUUUGUUGUUAAACCAAAAAAUGUUGCCUUUAUUUACACUGGUGUUUUAAGGUUGACAUUAAAAUGACUCAACAUGGGAUGAGUCAGAGUGAGGGUGAAGACAGCCCCACUUCUCAAACUGACUGACUGGCAGUUAAAUAUAACCUGAUAGACUUUUUAAAUAAACAUGCUGCCAGGUCUUAUUUUUAAAAUGAGAUUGUUGUAUACUAUUUAAAAAUAAUUUGAAAAAAAUAAAAUAUACACUUUCUUUUUGCUUCAGAGAACAAUCGAAAGUUUUGUAGAGAAGCGUGUCGGGACGAGUUUUGGCCCUCCUGGUGGUAAGAGCAUGACAGUGUUUAUAGAUGACAUCAACAUGCCCAUCAUCAAUGAAUGGGGGGACCAGGUACAUUAA